AUGAGAGCACCACGGAUCCAGCAGUUUCUGAGCCCCUUCCUCCGCAAGGCUCCCGUCGCGCCGAAUUGCCAGGCCAGAUGGCUUCAUAAGACACGAGAGAUCCCUGCGGUCCCGUCGCCGAUACCCCUCGUCCCCGAUGUUCCGACUCUGCUCAAGGUCCUCGGCCGCGGCCUGAGCCAGCAUGUCGACAAGUUCCCCUCGUGGGAGGCUCUUUUCACCCUGUCGUCGACACAACUCAGAGAGCUUGGCCUCGAACCGCCACGGACGCGACGAUACCUCCUCACGUGGCUCGACAGAUACAGAAAAGGCGCGUUCGGCGCUGGUGGCGACUUCAAGCACGUCGAGAACGGCGAGGCCUACCUCAAGGUUGUCCGCGACCCCGUGACGGACAAGAAGCUGGUUGUCAACGUCCCGGCCGAUGCGGACCUGAAGGACACCCCCGUUGACAAGCUGACGAAGCCGACGGGAUAUACGGUGCGGGGCUCUCACACGAUCUCCGGUCCCCACGCCCUGCCCCUGAAAGCCGGAGAGGGCGCGCGCGUGGUCGUGGCCGAGGGCAUGUGGGAGCACAAGCAGGGACACAAGGUCGACGGAGGUGAACGCAGAAGGGCGGAGGUUCGCUUCAGGAAGCGCAUUGCUGCGCGCAGGGCCGAGAGGGAGGCCCAGGGUCUACGAUAA